AAUAUAAAGAAGUAUAAGUACAAAAUUAAUAAAAAGGGGAUUACAAUGGCUUUGGCCACAUACUUAAACCGUUCCGUUGCACGAAAUUGCACGCUGAAGCCCAUGGAGGCCGAGCAUUGUGCCAUACACUUGGUCAGCGGUGAUAAUGUGCUGGGACGCUGCAAGGAGACUGGGAUCCGUGAUGCUCGCUGUUCCAAGAAGCAGCUUCGAUUACAAGUAAAUUUGGAGAUGGGACGCAUUCAGUUGAAGGUGCUGGGUGUCAAUCCUUGUGGCAUCAAUGGUGCCAUGGCGAUGUAUCACACGGAAUGCGAGCUGCGGCAUGGUGAUCUGUUGGAAAUUGUUUACGGCCGCCAUCCCUACGAGGUGGUCUUUACUCCCGCACCAGAAACGCAAAAGGACAACGCAGAAACCACCGCAGAAGAGCAGGCGACACUUGCCAUGGAAAUUGCCAAUAAGGAAGAAAAAUGGGAUUCUGUCGCGAAUGGUAAAAUGUUAAUCUAUAACAGUGCUGGAUUGGCUCCCUCCAGCAAGAUAGCAGCCUAUGACAUGGAUGGCACCAUCAUCAAGACAAAGUCGGGAAAUGUAUUUCCGAAGAAUACCGACGAUUGGCAGAUCAUCUAUCCCGAGGUGCCUCAAAAACUACAGAGCCUGCAUAAAGACGGGUACAAAAUUUGCUUCUUCACCAAUCAGGGUGGCAUAGCGCGUGGCAAAGUCAGUCUAGAAGAUUUUAAGAUAAAAGUCAAGAACAUAGUGAAGAAAUUGGGUGUGCCGGUGCAGGUGUUUAUAGCUAUUGGCGAUGGCUACUAUCGCAAACCGCUGCCAGGUAUGUGGAAGCAUCUGCUCAGCGAGAUGAAUGAAAGUGUCGCCAUAAAGCUGGAUCGUUGCUUCUUCGUGGGCGAUGCAGCCGGAAGGCCAGAGACAGGCAAGGGUGCCACAAAGCAACGCAAGGAUCAUUCACUAGCAGAUCGUCUGUUUGCUACAAACGUGGGCGUCUGCUUUUACACGCCCGAGUCUCACUUUCUUGGUAAACGCGCGGAGCACUGGAACAAGCCAGACUUCGACCCAAGCAGUAUAAAUAAUCAGACACCGCAGUUUGAACCGGACGAUGUUGAGUUUGACACAAAGAAAUGCGAGAUGAUUAUUAUGGUUGGUCUGCCCGGCUCUGGCAAGAGCCACUUCUGCGCGGAGGUGCUUGGCCCCAAGGGCUACAAGAUCAUCAGUGCAGACACUUUGGGCAGCACACAGGCAUGCCUAAAUGCGUGUCAGCGUGCACUGAACGCUGAUAAGUCAUGUGUGGUGGAUAAUACCAAUGUGGAUGUGGCAUCCCGUAAGAGAUUCAUGUCUCUGGCUAUGGAGAAGGAUGUUCCGUGCCGUUGCUUUGUGAUGAACGUGACAGCAGCGCACGCUAAACACAAUAUUGCUUAUCGCGAACUCUUGGAGACUGACCACUCUCCCAUCAAUGACAUGGUAUUCAACAUGAUGAAGAAGAAGUAUGUUGCGCCAACCAUGGACGAAGGGUUUACUUCAAUUCACAAAGUGAAUUUUAGGCCAAACUUUUCCAAUGAGGAAGACGAGAAACUAUACAAAAUGUAUUUGGUUGAGAAAUAGCCAUUCGCCUUUAAUCCAAUGUAAAUAUUCGUUUAGCAAUAUCAUCGAUAAGCCAGUCCAUGGAACUUAGCAGCUUUUCUCCAGUUACUGCACUCACUCCAGCUACCAACCAGUGAUGCGUACUGAUGUCAUCCAAACAUAGUAUCUAUAACC